AUGAAAGAAGCACCUAACUGGCCAAUCGAUGGCGGCAGUCGAGCCUGGCUGUCGACCUUUGGUGCUUGGUGGGCUGUCUUCAUCACCUUUGGUUGGGUCAACUCACUUGGUUGCUUGAUUUACAGCGCAGGCAUCGUCCUCGGUAAACUAUUCGACGGUUACGGACCACGCUGGCUCCUCAUCAUCGGCGGCCUCACACAGGUCUUCGGCCUCAUGAUGACUUCCAUCUCGACAGAAUACUACCAAGUGUUCCUCGCGCAGGCCAUCUGCAGCGCUGUCGGUGCGAGCGCUGUUGUAUACGGUACCUUGGGCGCUCUCGCCACGUGGUGGAAAGUGCGAAGAGCCACUGCCUACGGGAUUGCCACCUCGGGCUCUUCUAUCGGCGGUGUCAUUUUCCCAGUCAUGGUCAACCGUCUCAUCCCUCGAGUCGGAUUCGGUUGGACCAUGCGGGCAGUGGCAUUCAUUAUCCUUCUCGGAGUGGCUAUAUCCGCAGCCACAAUUCGCUCAAACCGGGCUCACGCUCCAACUCCUUUUUACCUUCACACAUACAUAACUCCUCUGAAGGAGAAGAGCUUCGUUCUUCUUUGUAUCUCCAUGACACUGUUCGGGUUUGGGCUGUUCCUUCCAUUCAACUUCAUUCCCUCUGCCGCACAGCACCUGGGCAUGUCUUUUGAGAUGUCCAUCUACGCGAUAGCCAUCUUGAACGCCGUAAGCGUGUUUGGGCGAAUCUUGCCUGGGUUUCUUGCAGACACCUUUGGCCGCUUCAACAUGAUGAUGGUCUGCACUUUGAUAUCAGCCAUUCUCACAUUGGCGCUCUGGUUUCCUGGACAUAACAACGCAGCCACCCUCUCCUUUGCGGCGUUUUUCGGGUUCUUCUCCGGAUGUUACGUGUCACUGACUCCUGCAUUGGUUGUAGAGGUGUCGCCUCCAGCAGAAAUUGGUCACCGUACUGGUAUCCUGUACUUCUUCAUCUCUGUUGGUGUCCUUACCGGUAGCCCUAUUGCAGGUGCACUAGUGGAAGCCAAUGAUGGCGACUAUACCUACCUGAAGAUAUUCGCUGGUGUAACCAUGCUUGCAGGAGCACUUCUAAUCGCCCUUCUCCGCUUCUACAUCCACCAUCAAGAAGCCAGGGGAAAGCCGAUAGAGUCCCCCAUUGAAGAGACGGAGAAGUAG